AUGCAGUUAUGGAACGAUUAUUUUAGUGAAGAUGCAGCAUAUCUUUCUCACAUGUUUCGACGGUGUUUUCGAAUGAACAAGCCCUUGUUCAUGCGUAUUGUUGAUGGACUAUCUGCUGAAAUCCCAUACUUUCAACAAAGAAGAGAAGCUACUGGAAGGUUCGGUCACUCCCUGUUACAAAAGGCAACGACAACAAUUCGUAUAAUGGCAUAUGGUUGCCCAGCUGAUGCGGUCGACGAAUACCUCCGACUUGGCGCGACCACCGCGCUUUUAUGCUUGGAACAUUUUGUUCAAGGAAUCAUAAAUUUAUUUGGAGAUGAGUAUCUAAGAAGACCCACGCCAGAAGAUCUUCAAUGUCUACUCGAUAUUGUAGAGAUAAGCGGGUUUCCCGUGAUGAUAGGAAGCAUUGAUUGUAUGCAUUGGGAGUGA